AUGGCAGUCAUAUUCGCUAGGAAUUUCUGCAGUCUUUUGAACUACGGUUACGGAGGUGAUACAACUGAUCGAUCAUUAAUAAUGUUGCAGAACUUUUCGCGGACUCGGUAUGUGCGGACGACACGAAACGAAAGUACAAUUGCAAAUACUGCAACAAGGGUUUCACUUUUUCUGGUCACUUGAGGAGUCAUCAGAAGAAUUUCUGCUAUUGGAAUCCUAGAUCAACGUGCCAUCAGUUGCAAAAGAGCCGGCCAUUUUCCUGCGGCCAGUGCGGUGCCUGUUACUCGAAACAGUCGCAUCUGAUUUUCCACGUUAGGCACGACUGUGGUAGGACGCAAAAAUGUCCGAUCUGCGGGAAAACCUUUCUUCAUAGUAGCAGCUUGCGAAAACAUCGUCAACGGCCGCCUUGCAAUUUUCAAAUCCAAGCUUUAGCCAUUUUAUUGUUGCAACGGGAGAGCGGUACUUAUUUAAUCGGUUAUGUUACAGGAGUAUCGAGGAAGCAAAUCGUUUUGAAUUAUUUAAUGCAACAGAAGAAGGCACGUACCCGUGGAUGUAUGAGGAACAAUCGUAAUGAUAGCAGUAGCGAAGAUGAAAGCAGCCCUGGAAUAAGUAGGAAAAACCGACAGCCGCGUAAUGCUAAACAAAACACUAACUAUGAAAGGAACAAUCACCAGAGCAAAUGCAACGAGAAUUACUCGAAGGGUAAAAAGACUUAUUUGAAGUUUGAGGAGAAUACCUAUGAAAAAGAUGAGACGGCGAUAGUCUCGUUGAACGAGAGGGACAGAAAUCAGCAGCAACGUAAUGACGGCGAUCACAACAGUUUUGAUAGGGGAAACAACGGGAAAUGCAGAGGGAAUACUCACCGACAGACACUCACGCAGGAUAAUUCAAAAUUUAGCGAAUCUUCUACGAGCGCCGAAUGGGUGGAAGCUUUAGAUUCUAAUCUGUUAGCGAGUCAAUUCUGUUGUAUUUAUUGCAAAAUGACGUUCUCACGGCAGAUUCACUUGUCAAGACACCUGAAAAACAAUUGUCUUAAGAAUCCGGAUGCGAAAUGUAACUCAGAUUUGAUAAGCAAUCCGUAUGUUUGUAGAACCUGUGGUCUUCGUUUUAAAAUGCAAAAGUUUUUGAAUUAUCAUUUACGGCACGCCUGUGGACGAACAGUUGUCUGUGACAUUUGUCACACGGAACUGAAAGGUUUGACUGUGUCGGGGAAGCACAAAAAAAUUUGCAUGCAGAAACAUAGGAAGCAAAAUCUUCGGAACAAGGCCGAAAAUAAGCACCAACAAUCAACUUUCACGCAUUCAAAUCCAAUGUACGGGCAGUUACACUCGUCGUUUGUCCGAGCUGAAAUGGUAGCAGGGGGAUCGAUGCGGACGGAAAGUUAUCAGCCUAGAAGAGAUUUUGGCAACGAUUUGAAGGAUGAAUCGUUUCUCUACAUGGAAACUGGUUGCCAUCUAGAGUCGUCGUCUAUGCCUUCCAUUUCCAGGACUCACUGGCCGGACAGUGUCUCCGUUCAAAAUUCCGUGCCAAGGAAGAAGUUCUACUGUCCACGAUGUAACAGUGGAUAUACUAGACUUUCGGACAUGAAAACACACUGUCAUUUCCAAUGUGGUAAGGAGCCGCGAUAUCAGUGUCCAUAUUGCACGAAGAAGGCGAAAUUCUCAUCGAAUAUGUAUGUUCACGUGCGGCGAAUGCAUAAAGACGAAAAGCUACAGAUCAUCGACUUGUAUAAACAAUUGUCCAGGGUUUCAAACAAUUUGCCACGUCAAGAAUGUUAUUGACCGCAGGACAGCGUGGCAGACUUUACAGAAGUUUCAUACCGAACAGUACGAGGUAUCCUUGCAGCAAUUGUACAAGCGUGUUCGGGCAGAAACGAAGUCUCCUUACGCACUUGAGAUACGAGUGUGGCCAACCACCGCGAUUCAAAUGUCCAUAUUGUGAUUUAAUCUCGAAGAAGACGUCGAACAUACAGAAGCACAUACGUCGGAAGCACGAAGGGAACGCGGUCUAUGUUCAGGAUAUUUGUCGGCUGCCAAACUUGAUGACUAAUUUAAUUUAAAUCGACUAUCGACCGGCGCAUCGAGCUUUCUCUUACCAGGGAAGCCAUCUUUAAUAUUGCUCUUCUCAGCUACUCUUUGUUUCACGAAUAUUCUUCUUUAGUCACAUUGCGAAUAGAACAACACGUUAUGCCGACAGCUUUCCCUGAAAGUAAGAUUUCUUCAUCGUUCGCCAUUCUAUUCGGAAUUUGCGGCCGAAUUUACGAUUCGGUGCGGAAAAUAAGAAAUGUGCGGAAAAUGAAAAAGUUUCUCAUGCAAAAUGGUCUUUUCUUCUUGGAUUUUCGUUUUUGCUUCUCUUUUCUUUUCUCUCUUUCUCUCCUGUAUUUUUUCCCCCUCUUCUCGAUAUGUUCUCGCAUGAGAACAGGGAGAAAGAGGGAAGAGAGAGAGAGAGA